AUGAUCAAUAGACCUUGCUCACCUCUUCAUCCUCCCACGUCUCUUCUCAGCUCAUCACAGCCACAGCCGCCGUAUCUCACCCAACAUCACCGGCCAUCACCUAGCGGUUAUACCCGCGAGACGUCCAGUAGCUCCCGCUGCCUUGCGUCCUCCUCCCCCUCCUCCUCCCCGCGCAUGAACGCAUCCCGAUUCUCGCCCUGGACGCCCACCUGCGAACUCGACGGCUGUAGAAUGAGAUGGUUCGAUGGUCCGCUUUCGCCGCCGCCCCUUGAUCGGCUGGGGAGCCUGGGGAGCCUGGGGUUCCAGCUGCGCGGCUUGUGCUCGUGGGCUGCCCCGACCAGCUCGGAGCUUCCUGCGCCUUCGUGCGUCCAAGUCCGAGGGUUGACAGCUUCCGUCGAAGCCCAUGUCUCUUCUCGCCUCCGUAUGGGCACGUUUCCGGUCCGCCUCCAGCCGGAUCCCACGCCCCCCGGAGACCAGAUGCCCGGGAGCGACGAGGACGGAUGGAGGCUUGAUAUGGAGGGUCGAAGGCUUUCAAUACAUCAAGGCUAG